CUGGAAGCUCCCCGUUGGGUGGCGGGGGAGGUGGGGCGCGGGCAGGGCGCAGAAAUAGGGCGCAGGGCGCGGAAGCGCAGCCUGCCCCCGGCACGGUGCUCGGCCUGGGACCCGUUCCGCACGGCUGUGGAAGUGGCCGGUGUGCAGUGGUGCGGUGCGCCCGCAGGGAUCCGCGCUCGGGGAGGGCCUCCGGGAGGGCCUCUGUGAGUCAGCCGUUGAGUCGUCGUAAUCGCCACCCAGAGGAAAUUAGGCACAAGGGUGGGGCGCGUUCCCGACUGCUCUGUCCUGCCCGCGCCGCCGUGUCACUUCGCUCACCCCCCAGCUCCCGUCCUCUGGCCGGCACGACCAGAGGUGAGUGCCAGGAGGCGGCGGCUCUGACUCUCCGGAGCCCGGCUCCGCGCCUCCGCUCCCGGAGCUGCUGCCCCACUGCCUGGGGACAGGGACAGCUGUCUCCCGUGGACUCCUUCGGAGAGGGUGCGCCGAGCCAUGGAGGGCGCAGAGCUGGCCGGGAAGAUCCUUUCCACCUGGCUGACGCUGGUGAUCUGCCUCAUCCUCCUGCCUUCGGCCUUCGGGGUGUCUUUGGGCAUCUCUGAGAUGUACAUGAAGCUCUUGGUGAAAACUUUAGAGUGGGCCACAAUACGCAUUGAAAAGGGAGUCUCAAAGGAGUCGGUCCUUAAAAACUCAGCUUCUGUUGGUAUUAUCCAAAGAGAUGAGUCACCCAUGGAAAAAGGGCUCUCUGGUCUGCGAGGAAGGGACUUUGAGCUGUCUGACGUGUUUUAUUUCUCCAAGAAGGGCUUGGAAGCCAUUGUGGAAGAUGAAGUGACCCAGAGGUUCUCCUCAGAGGAGCUAGUGUCGUGGAAUCUCCUCACAAGGACCAAUGUAAAUUUCCAUUACAUCAGUCUGCGGCUCACCAUGGUGUGGGUACUGGGCGUCAUAGUACGCUACUGUGUCCUACUACCCCUGAGGGUUACCUUGGCUUUCAUUGGGAUCAGUUUGUUGGUAUUGGGAACUACACUGGUUGGGCAGCUUCCAGAUGGCAGCCUCAAAAACUGGCUGAGUGAACUGGUUCACCUGACUUGCUGCCGGAUCUGUGUGCGAGCCCUCUCUGGUACCAUUCAUUACCAUAACAAACAGUACAGACCCCAGAAGGGAGGCAUUUGUGUUGCCAACCAUACUUCUCCAAUAGAUGUUUUGAUCUUGACAACAGACGGAUGCUAUGCUAUGGUUGGCCAGGUUCACGGUGGAUUGAUGGGAAUUAUUCAGAGAGCCAUGGUGAAGGCUUGUCCGCAUGUCUGGUUUGAACGAUCGGAAAUGAAAGAUCGACACCUGGUCACUAAGCGACUAAAAGAACACAUUGCUGAUAAGAAAAAACUACCCAUAUUAAUCUUUCCUGAAGGGACUUGCAUCAACAAUACUUCAGUCAUGAUGUUUAAAAAGGGAAGCUUUGAAAUUGGAGGAACCAUACAUCCAGUUGCAAUUAAGUAUAACCCUCAGUUUGGGGAUGCAUUUUGGAACAGUAGUAAAUACAACAUGGUGAGCUACCUGCUUCGAAUGAUGACCAGCUGGGCCAUCGUCUGUGACGUGUGGUACAUGCCCCCCAUGACCAGAGAGGAAGGAGAAGAUGCUGUCCAGUUUGCUAACAGGGUUAAGUCUGCUAUUGCUGUGCAAGGAGGAUUGACUGAGCUUCCCUGGGAUGGAGGGCUGAAGAGAGCAAAGGUGAAGGACACCUUUAAGGAAGAGCAGCAGAAGAAUUACAGCAAGAUGAUUGUAGGCAAUGGAUCUCUUUGAAUCAGACUGAAUCCCACCCUGGUGAUAAAAUUUGGCUUACCAGAACUAGCCCCUAGAAAUGGAAUGUGUUGUUUUUGGUGGGGUGAGAGGGAGAGUGGAGUAUUGUUUUGGUUUACUGUUUUUGUUUUUUAAUGUUAAUCUUUUCUAUAGGAUGAAUUGUCUCUACCUCUUUACGCCAGAGGCAGAACUCAUCUGGGGCCCUUUUUGGCUUUUGUUGUCAUAGCAAUAGUCUCAUGAAUUAUAAGGUAGUUUACUGACUUUAAACAGAUUCUGUCUUGUGUAAAAUGAUGAAGUCAUUGUUGAUUGAAUGAAAUAUUUGUACAGGAAAAAGUGCUUCUAAAACACUUUUGGAACUCACUGUGUUUGGAACUUGUUGAUAUGGCAAUUCUCAAAAAAAAUCCCCCAGGCUCUUUUCAUGAUUCGUUUUCUCACUCCUUCUCCCCAUCCCGCCCCUCCGCCAAUCACUUAAACAGCGGGAGUACACAUCAGUUCAAGGUUACUGCCACGGUUGUGUUCCACUGCAAGGUUGAAAAGAAAAAUGAGGAUCGUAUUUAGGAGAAAGGACAGAUUUGUGGCCACUUGAUCUGAAAGUUGAAAGCAAAUGUAAAUAUUUUUUUUACUAGUGUGUUAGAAGAGAAGUAUUACUUGGUGAGCUUUACCAAAGAAAGGUGAAUGCAGGUUACUGUGUGUGUGCAUUUGUAUGUAGGCAAGUUUUGAAUAAACAACUUUUUAGCGGGCCACUGGUGGUAAAGCUUUAAGGUUUCCUUGUGGUUACAGUAGAGAUCUAUACGUAGUGCCUCUCCCAUUUACGGAUUUGUUUCAUUUUGUACUGAAGCAUAUUUUCAAACAGGAGGAGGCUUUAACAACAAAAAAAUCACUUUGUCUUCAGGGGAGGUAUGAAUGAGCCAGGCGUGUAUGCUGCUUCUCACCCUCUACCCCUUUGAGGUUUAUUUCAGGAUGUUCCCAGUUUUUUAAACAGAAGAAUGAGUGGUAAAAUUACCUUUUGGAAACUGAGCCUUAAAUUUUUUUAAGGGGAAGAUAAGUGUUUCCCAAUUUAUUCAGUGUAAACAAUGUUUGAUAGCAAUAAAACACCAUGUUAAACUCUGGGAGUGUUCCAUCUCUUCUGGUAACUGUGUACCGAAUGUGAAACUGUCUUACAGUGAACAUAAAUAAAUUAUAUAUUUCUAAA